AUGAUCACUCAGGCCCGCCUCCCUUACUCGACCCUUGACGGCAUGUCCGCCUCAGGGAGAAAGGCCUUUGUCCACCAGCUGCCCAUGAAGCGCAGGGUGGCAGCGGCAUGGUCGGGUUGGACUCUGAGAGGAGAUGAGAAGCGAUCAAGGUCCGAGGGAGACGGAAGAAGCGGCUACCGAGGAAGCCUCGUCUCUGCCGAUGGCUUGCGUGCUGGACCCAAGCAUGACCUGCAGACUCAAGCGAGAGAGCUCGGGCUCACUUUGAUGGCACACCCUGCCACGAAGCACCGGGAAGGUGCGGAGCAGGAGAUCUGCUACAAGACAUACCAGAGUCCGAGUCGAGAAAACCAGGAAGAGGGGGACGAGGAGGAGGAGGAGGAGGAGGAGGAGCGGGAGAGAAGUUGCAAGAAAGUUCAGAGUACGACGGCCGCAAAUGAUCCACGAGGCAUUGUUGUCUCCAGCGAUGAUUUGGUUCUCGGACGGAAGUUUGAUCUCCAGGAGGAUGCAGAAGCGCUGGGUAUGAUCGUGACACCUCAAGGACGAUACGUCCUCGGAUCGUCUAGGCAGCGCAGGAUGUUUGCCUCCAGCCUUGCUUCCGGGCAGAUCCUCUGGGAGAGUGACGGCCCGGUAACGGAAGAGGACGUGAAGGAGGUUCUGCACGCCAUGACUAGACUAGAUCAAUCCAUCCACAUCAACACGGGCACUCACGGCACUGCAGACGGAGGGCUCUUGACAGCAGGCGGUAACACCAUCGAUUUUUUCUUUGAAGACUAUCGCACUAUCAAGGAGCUGGAGCAGCCAGCCAAGGUUUCCAUUCAUAUGGUGACGUCGCAAAGCGAUCCCUUCUUGCCGCUCAAGGCGAACAUGGUCAUCAACGCGUGGUGUCACAGCUGCAUGUACGGCUUUGCCGACAAGGUGGACAUCGAGACGGGGAGGAUAGUCGAGUGGACGUAUGGGAGCCUGCCGAGGCGUCUCCGCGAGAUCCUGAAGCAGAUGCUCGGAGAUGAGGAGAGCGUUGAUGACGCGAUGGAGUGCUUCGUUGAGACGAGCUGCUCCGAGACCGACCCCGACGUCGAUGCGACAGCUAGAGUGUCAUCGGACCACCUUCUGGACAAGUUCAUGCACAACACGGGUAAGCGCGUGCUGCUGCUACUAGGAAUGACAGGAGCAGGCAAGUCAACAUUGGGCAAGAGGUGGGCGAUUCAGAUGGGCGAGGCAUGGCAGGUCUGUGAAAGAGUAUUUCGAGGAAGUAGGAUCGCUGACAUCGGGCGGGGAGCGGUCUUGGCGAAAUUUCUGUUGGACUCGUAUGAUGAGAUGGGGACCAUGGAGAAUGUUGUGGAGAAGGUGUUCAAGGAGCUGGCAGGCUGCAGAGGGAUCAAGACGAUUGUCACUUGCAGGAGUGGCUAUCUCAAGAAAGAAGGAAAGUCCAACACGCUGUUCUGGCCUCCUGGACUUGAAGGGAGAGAUGCCCUACAAGUUGCCUGGGUUUGCGAAUUGAGCCUGUCAAACAAAGAACAAGUAAACCAAUACAUUGAUAACCAUAUCAGAAAGCGGGUGCAUACUGAGUGGAGCAAGAAGCAGUACGACGAGGCGAUCAGGUCGAUGCCAGAGCUUCAAUUUAUAGUGAGCACGCCCUACACGCUCAAGGUAUUGCUGGUCGUGCUUCCCUCCUUGCACCGGAAGUUCAUAAAGAAGCCAAAGUAUACACUCACUCGGCAUAACAUACACAAGGAGUACGCGAAGGAAUGGUACAGGAGAGAAUGGGAUAAGCUUAAGCAGAAUGUGAACAUGGCUAUCAAGGUACGGGAAGAAGAGGUUGAUGACGGGAACUUCAUGGCCUGGUAUUCCAACGCUGCUCAACAGCUCUGCCUUCACAUGCUCAUGGAGCAUAAGAAUUUCAUCCUACAUAAGGCAGAGGGCUCGUUUCUGGCGGGCCCGCCUUUCAAUCUUUCAAUGAGAGAAGGCAAAGUUGAGAAGAAGCUAGGAUACUGGCUUCUGAGGGGAUGUCUGACUAGACUGAAGGUGCACAAGCAUCAGAACACUCUUGAAGUCAGCUUUGCCCAUGACAUGCUGCGCAGCUUCUUCCUUGCCCGUGCAACCUUCGCGCAGCUUCAAGCACAGAUUGAUGGAGCACCAGCGAGUCUGUCGGUGAGAUGCGGGGCGUUCGAGCCCGGGGGAGAGGCUCUUGCAACAGUGUCGAAGGACGGGAAGAUGCGGGUGUGGGAUGUGGAGACCGGUAAGUGUAUGAGGGAGCUUGGGGGUGGAGGGGAAGAGAUCGAUAUGAUACGAUGGAGGGCUGAUGGGAAGAGGCUGGCGUCGGGGUCAAGGAGGGGAAGGAUAAGGGUGUGGGACGUUGAGGCAGGAGAAUGCUGCCUUGAGCUUUUGAGAGAGGAGGAGAUAGGGGAGAUAGGCUGGAUGGGGGACGAGAGGAUCGCUUGGUGGACGCACAGGGAGAAAUACUGCAUUCAAACAAUGGACGUGGAGCUGGGAGUAUGCACUCGCGAGCGCGAACUCAACACGGCUGGGAAACACUCAAUGCGCUUAGGACCGGACGGGAGGAAGCUCGCAGGCGUAUCGAAGUUAAGUGGUCAGGCGUGGGUGUGGGAUGUAGAGACGGGGAGGGGGCAGGAGCUACAGGGGCCUGAGGGAGGAGUGACAGGGCUGAUCUGGGGGCCAGACGGGAGGAGGCUCGCGGGCGUGUCGAAGACAGGAGGGGGAGCGUGGGUGUGGGAUGCAGAGACGGGGAGGGGGCAGGAGCUACAGGGGCCUGAGGGAGGAGUGACAGGGCUGAUCUGGGGGCCAGACGGGAGGAGGCUCGCGGGCGUGUCGAAGACAGGAGGGGGAGCGUGGGUGUGGGAUGCAGAGACGGGGAGGGGGCAGGAGCUGGAGGGGCCUGAGGGAGGAUUGGAGCAGCUGAUCUGGGGGCCAGAAGGGAAAAGGCUUUUCACGCGGUAUACAUCUGACGGGUCGAUCAAGACCUGGACAUUGAGGGAUGAAGGAUUCUUUGUUCUCACGGCUGAUUUCAAUCGAUACGAGAGAGUGCUUGUGUGUCGCAAUGCUUCCAUCGACCAGUCGCUCUCGAGCCCCAUCAGACGCCUGCUGGAGGAGAGAGGAGCCGUCGCUCAGGCUAACACAUCAACCAGAGGCUCGCGGUGCUGUGUACAGUAG